AUGUCAACAAGAGAUGAUCAAGAUGAAGAAAAGUACCAGAGUACUGUGCUAGCUGUAAAUGACAUUGAUGUUGACGAUGAGGUCCAGGCGUAUAUGCAAAGGGUGCAGUCGGAGGCACAAAGUAUUCGAUUGUACACUGAAAAAGUGCUUACCACAUCCACCACCGGAAAGCGUAAGAUUGGUAAACACGUUGAAACGAUAAAUCUGGAAGGAAAUACCGAGGAUAAAAGAGAUGGGGACUGGUCAAAAGAGAUGAUUCGGAACUUUGUUGAACUCAAGAGUCAAAUACAAGCAUUACGAGAACACAAGGGAUUCUCCAAGAGCAAUUUGUACCGAUUAAAUCUUAAUACACAUGCUGUAUAUAAGAGCCCGCCACCAGAAAUGGAUUUUUUUAUAUUGUGUUUGAACAGAAGGAAAGCAUUUGAUGCGUUAGUUCUUUUGACACAAUUGCUAAACACAACAACUACGCCCGAAAUCAGUCAAUGGAUAUACAAAAUAUUUUUGAAAAUAGAUAGCACUUUAGAAGCCAAGGAAUGUUCAAUUCUUCGAGAUUUGGCCAAAAAGGCAAGGAGUAUCUCAGAAGAGCUCAAGCUAGGAGAAGAUCAUUCAAAUGCUGAGAAUACUAGUGUGACAAUGUUUACUUGCGAAAUGAUAAUUUCAAUUGUUGGGAUCUAUUAUCGCCAAAUGGACCUUCUUUGA